GUCAGACUCUCGAUUUCUCCUCCUACUCCUCCUCCGAGGAAUUCUGCCCCUUGUAACUGUUCUGCCCUCCCCUUUAAAGGUUGACUUGCCCUACGGCGCUCCACCGCGCUCCAGUCCUCUUGCGCCUCCUGCUCAACCCGCUCCUGACUGCCCCACGCCGCGUAGUUCCAGCAGCAAAGCAGAAGGGUGCACCGGGAGAUGGAGAGCAAAGCCCUGCUCCUGGUGGUCCUGGGAGUUUGGCUCCAGAGUUUGACCGCCUUCCGAGGAGGGGUGGCCGCAGCAGACGCGGGAAGAGAUUUCUCAGACAUCGAAAGCAAAUUUGCCCUAAGGACCCCUGAAGACACAGCUGAGGACACUUGUCAUCUCAUUCCUGGAUUAGCAGACUCUGUGUCUAACUGCCACUUCAACCACAGCAGCAAGACCUUCGUGGUGAUCCAUGGAUGGACGGUAACGGGAAUGUAUGAGAGUUGGGUGCCCAAACUUGUGGCCGCCCUGUACAAGAGAGAACCUGACUCCAAUGUCAUUGUAGUAGACUGGUUGUAUCGGGCCCAGCAACAUUAUCCAGUGUCAGCUGGCUACACCAAGCUGGUGGGAAAUGAUGUGGCCAGAUUCAUCAACUGGAUGGAGGAGGAGUUUAACUACCCCCUAGACAACGUCCACCUCUUAGGGUACAGCCUUGGAGCCCAUGCUGCUGGCGUAGCAGGAAGUCUGACCAAUAAGAAGGUCAAUAGAAUUACUGGUUUGGAUCCAGCUGGGCCUAACUUUGAGUAUGCAGAAGCCCCCAGUCGCCUUUCUCCUGAUGACGCUGAUUUUGUAGAUGUCUUACACACAUUUACCAGGGGGUCACCUGGUCGAAGUAUUGGAAUCCAGAAACCAGUAGGGCAUGUUGACAUUUAUCCCAAUGGAGGCACUUUCCAGCCAGGAUGCAACAUUGGAGAAGCCAUCCGUGUGAUUGCAGAGAGAGGACUCGGAGACGUGGACCAGCUGGUGAAGUGCUCGCACGAGCGCUCCAUUCAUCUCUUCAUUGACUCCCUGCUGAAUGAAGAAAACCCCAGCAAGGCAUACAGGUGCAACUCCAAGGAAGCCUUUGAGAAAGGGCUCUGCCUGAGUUGUAGAAAGAAUCGCUGUAACAAUCUGGGCUAUGAGAUCAACAAGGUCAGAGCCAAGAGAAGCAGCAAGAUGUACCUGAAGACUCGCUCUCAGAUGCCCUACAAAGUGUUCCAUUACCAAGUCAAGAUUCACUUUUCUGGGACUGAGGAUGGCAAGCAACACAACCAGGCCUUCGAGAUUUCUCUGUACGGCACAGUGGCCGAGAGCGAGAACAUUCCCUUCACCCUGCCCGAGGUUUCCACAAAUAAAACCUACUCCUUCUUGAUUUACACGGAGGUGGACAUCGGAGAACUGCUCAUGAUGAAGCUUAAGUGGAUAAGCGACUCCUACUUCAGCUGGCCUGACUGGUGGAGCAGCCCCAGCUUCGUCAUCGAGAGGAUCCGAGUGAAAGCCGGAGAGACUCAGAAAAAGGUCAUCUUCUGUGCUAGGGAGAAAGUUUCUCAUCUGCAGAAGGGAAAGGACUCAGCAGUGUUUGUGAAAUGCCAUGACAAGUCUCUGAAGAAGUCUGGCUGACACUGGACAAACAAACAAGAGAAGAAAGCAUCUGAGUUCUUUGAAGACAGAAGAAAACAAAGUAAAUUUAAUUUAAAAAAAUAAUACCCUUGUUUGGGUGUUUGAAAGUGGGUUUUCCUGAGUAUUAAUCCCAGCUCUAUCUUGUUAGUUAAACAGAAGACAGUCUCAAAUAUUAAACGGUGGCUAACCCAGGGUGAGGAAUCUAAUGGCCCAUAGCAGGUCUUCCAGCAUUAGAAGACAGCAGGCAGGAGAAACAUGCUGUCUUGUAUCCCUUAAGAAGGAAUCAUUUGCUCCCAACAAUAUAAGACUCCAUCAUGUGACCCAUUUGGUCAUGGUCUAAAAUUAGUAAGAACUCUGAGGUUUUAUAUUGAGACCUUUUCAAAGUUUUCUCAAAGUCUAAUAUAGACAAUAUUUUUUGUGGCAUAAGUCAGGUCCAUUUCUUUAGUGAUUGAAACACCUGGCCUUUGCAACUAGUUUUUUUACCAUUGGGAUAUAUUCCCCCCACCAAAAAAAAAAAAAAAAAAAAAGUAACCAGGAACGUGUGACUUGGCAAAAGCAGUUGAAGACAUGGCUCAUGAAGUCCUGACCCUUGGUCCCACCACAACAAAGUACAAGUCAACAGAGAUACAAAACCUAGACUGAGUAAUUCUUAAUAGACUUGAAUUUUUAUGACUUAAUCCUUCUAUCUUUUAAAUAUUUGUCAGAUAUUUUAACAUUGUUCUCUGGAGCUUGUAAGCUGGGCAAUGGUGGCACUCACCUUUAAUCCCAGCACUUGGCAGGCAGAGGCAGGAGGAUUUCUGAGUUCAAGGCCAGCCUGGUUUACAGAGUGAGUUCCAGGACGUCCAGAGCUACACAGAGAAACCCUGUCUUGGGAAAAAAAAAAGAAGAAGAAGGAGAAGAAGAAGAGGGAGGGAGGGAGGGAGGGAGGGAGGGAGGGAGGGAGGGAGGGAGGGAGGGAGGGAGGGAGGGAGGGAGAAGGAAGGAAGGAAGGAAGGAAGGAAGGAAGGAAGGAAGGAAGGAAGGAAGGAAGGAAGGAAGGAAGGAAAGAAAGAAAGAAAGAAAGAAAGAAAGAAAGAAAGAAAGAAAGAAAGAAAGAAAGAAAGAAAGAAAGAAAGAAAGAAAGAAAGAAAGAAAGAAAGAAAGAAAGAAAGAAAAUGAGCUUGUAAUUGAGGUGACACAUAAAUUUUGCUGAAAGACAAAAAUGCCUAGGUUGAUUUUACUUCUUCUCUUUUUUGCUUUCUUGAAAAAAGUCACAAUUGUCCCAUGCUGUAACCAAGUCUGGCCUCGAACUAAACUAUGUAUUUCAGGCUGGCCUUGAACUCUCAACCAUCCUGCCUUAGCUUCCUGUGUCCUGGGAGCUUGAGAACUGUAAUUUUAUUAUCAGAUUUUUCUUACUUGUUUUCAUCAAUUUGAAAUGCCCAAUAUCCAAUACUUUGUAUUUCAUUUGAGACUCAUCUCCGCCAUGCCUCUGUCACACUUCUAACACAUCACAUUAAUUUCUAGUUUAGAUGUGAUCAAGUUCAAAUUCUGCACUGUGCAAAGUACAAGUUUUAGAGCAGGACCAUUUUUUUUUAUCACAUAAAAGUUGAAAUUACUAGAAAAUGUGCAUAUGGAUGCUUGUAAACUGCUGUGCAAAGAGAAGAGCCCUCAACUGUAAUAGCUAUAGAAAGUACCAGGAUUGUUGCCGCUGUUUUGUUUUACCUUAACAACAACAACAACAAAAAUCAAUAAUGAAGAAUUAUUUAUGAACGAGAUCUCACAUUUUCAGAUUGCUUUUAUUAUUCAUUAAUGUAAAAUGAUAAAGAAGAUCUAUCUCAGAGGCUAUAGCUGGGAGCAGAAACUGUGAAAUUUGUGGGUAUCUGAACACCAACCCACAUGCAAAGCCCCACAAGUGUAGUCGUCAUUCAAUGUGAUUCAGAAAGGAAAGAGUCAAGGGAUAUACUGGAAUAUGUUAGAGAAGUAGUUCCAGAUAUGCUGGAAUGUUAGCCCUUGCUAGGAGAAAGCUGGUUGUGCCUAUGUAAUAUAGGACAAAGGUGACCGAUUUCAUCAAGUUUGGAGUCAAUUCUAACAAUAAAAAUAUGUAUAAUUUGUCACCGGCAUCCCCAUUAUUGCUAAUUCAUUACAGUAUAUACACAUCCAUGCAUACAUAUGUCAAUGAUGCUUUAGCUUUCAAUUUAUUUAUUAGCUGUAAAUAAUGUGUGGGUAUGUAAGAAUGCUUGUAAACACUGGAAAGUCUGUUGUGGUUAUCUGCAGUAUAGAUUUGUGGUGCUAACUUUGUGUCCGUCUCCAUCCAUGAUUGUCUGUCUCACUGAGCCAACUUAACUCUGAUGAAACAGUACAAUGAAAUAGGCUUUUGAAAGAAGAAAACUCACCUGUGUGAAGAAAUGGUAUCUGCUUUCAAUAAAACUGAGAACAUUUUAUCAUGA